AUGACUCUCAACCUCGAUAAGUGUGUCUGUAUCACUUUCCACCGAACCGUCUCUCCAAUAACAUUUGACUAUUCUCUGAGCGGCAUAACACUAUCAAGAGUUACUACAGUAAAAGAUCUUGGAGUGACCAUUACAUCUACACUCAACUGGGAUGCACAUGUUCGGUCGGCUUGCAGCCAGGCAGUGCGCAAACUCGGCCUGAUACACAGAUUUUCACAGCAUUUCACUGAUAUACUCUCUUUCAAGACUCUCUACUGUACCUUGGUGCGCCCACAUCUGGAGUACUGCUGUGUGAUUUGGUCACAACAUCAGAAAUAUUUGAUUGAGGAUCUGGAGAGGGUCCAGAGGCGAUUUCUCAGGCUGGUAGGGCUAAGGUUGGGCUAUGGAUACCUAGAGGUCUCUACACGCGAAGUGGCAUCCUUUCUCCAACUAACCGCUCUUGAAACAAGGUGCUUCUACCAUGAUGCAAUAUUCUUGUUCCGCCUCGUUAACUCUACUGUGGACUGUCCUGAGCUGCUGGAGAGGAUUUGCUUCCGGGUUCCUGUUGGUACUAGAUCCCAAUAUCUAUUUGCUAGAUCCUCUGUUUCCUCAUCAUACUUGGCCAACUCUACGAUGCGGAGAAUUCAGCUUCAUGGAAACCUUCUUCCUAACCACAUGGAUUUGUUUGCUUCCUCAUUCCUAACCUUCAAACGGAAUCUCAAGACAUUUAUCAACCUGCAACACACUGAAACCUCUUAA